GCACAACAGCAGCAGAAGCGAGUCACUGCACGGACUCACAUCUUCAACAAACAGAGCGAUCGAUACGUGUUCACUGCGCUCCGGACAUCGUUUCCCAUGGCGACCACGGUGAUGGCCUCCGCCGCCACCGGCGCGCGCGCCGGGCGCUUCCCCGCUAGGCUCCCUGCGGCCGGCGGGCUCGCGCCGCGCCGGCGCGCGGCGCUCGUCGUCAGGGCGCAGGCCGAGGACGCUGAGAAAAGCGCGAGCCCGGGGCUCUGGGACGCGCUGGCGUUCAGCGGCCCGGCGCCGGAGCGGAUCAACGGGCGCCUCGCCAUGGUGGGCUUCGUGUCCGCGCUCGCCGUCGAGGCGGCCCGCGGGGACGGCCUCCUCGCGCAGGCCGGCAACGGCGCGGGGCUCACGUGGUUCGCGUACACCGCCGUCGUGCUGUCCGCGGCGUCGCUGGCGCCGCUGCUCCAGGGGGAGAGCGCUGAGGCCCGGAGCGGCGGCUUCAUGACCGCAGACGCCGAGCUCUGGAACGGCCGCCUCGCCAUGCUCGGCCUCGUCGCGCUAGCCGCCACCGAGUACCUCACCGGGGCCCCCUUCGUCCACGUGUAGAUACGGCGUAUAUAUUGUACACAUGUAGCUAGUAGUGGAGCUAGUGUAUACGUAUUUGUGACUUGUGUACGGCUAGGGUGCUUGUAAGCUCGGUUAAGUACGGCAGUCUGGAAACAUUAUAGAAGGUUUUCUUUUGACACAAAAUUACUGUGUAUGUAGUUAUGUACAAAAACCUUUCAGCGAAAUGGUCAUGUAAAAUUGAAAUGAACUUCCUUUCCUUGUAUAAUUUUUCACAACA